GAGAACAGCCAGGAAGCAGAGCGUGUGUGGUGCAGCGCGGCUAGCAUCUACCGGAGCCCAGUGGGCCCCCCACGCGGAUUGCCCCCGCGCGCAUCCCUCGGUCCGUCGAUCGGUGGGUCAGCACUGCUGGCUGGAAGCCCUGAGCUCCCUGCACUCGUUUGGGAGGCGACAUCAGACCGAUGGCGGCAGCGGCGGCCCUAUCGGGCCUGGUGGUGCGGCUGUCGCGCUCCAGGGCGGCUCGUGGCUCCUACGGCGCCUUCUGCAAGGGGCUCACGCGCACGCUGAUCAUCUUCUUCGACCUGGCCUGGCGGCUGCGCACCAACUUCCCCUACUUCUACGUGGUGGCCUCGGUGAUGCUCAACGUCCGCCUGCAGAGAGACACACAGAGAGAGGCAGAGACACAGGCAGAGGGAGAAGCAGGCUCCAUGUGGGGAGCCCGACAUGAGACUCGAUCCCCGGACUCCAGGAUCACGCCCUGGGCUGAAGGUAGGCGCCAAACCGCUGAGCCACCCAGGGAUCCUGAGGUGCUGAUGUUUUAGUGUUGGUCAUAUUAAAGAGCAGGUGUUCUAAACUAAAUGCCCCCACAUUAGUAUAGGGAUGCAGGGCAGGCCGCCCCAAGAUGAGCCAUUUUGACAUAAACAUCACUUUGAGUCAAAAGCUUUGAGAACCCAGUAGAAGCCGCAAAAGCUCUUUAUCUCCCCCUCAACUGCCUGCCCUUACCAGGCAGAGAGCUGGGAACAGAGUAUCCUCUUUAUCUAAAAAACUUAUCUGUAUAACAGAGCAACCUUUGUUUUCCAAACAUCUCUCCCCUUCCUGCUAAUGGUCUUUCUCCCCCUUUCUUUUCAGAUCCUACCCCUCUCCUGAGCUCCUAGAGGCCUUGUGUUGCCUCAUUGUUUCUGUAAUCUCCUGUCUGUGUGGGUUCCUCAUUGGUCCACCAUUAAACUUGACUUUCUGCUCAUCUGUCUCAUGUCAAUUUGAUUCUUGGUCGGUGGGGGGCGGGGAGAAGGUCCUUGAGGGUCAGAGGAACUUCCUCCCCAACAGUAGGAGCUUGGUUCAAUAAAAAUAGCACAACUAAAAAAAAUAGCACAACUAUGCAACACCUGGGUAGCUCGGCAAUUGAGCAUUUGUCUUUGGCUCAAGACGUGAUCCUGGAUUACCAGGAUCAAAUCCCGCAUCUAGCUUCUUUCAUGGAGCCUGUUUCUCCUCCCUCUGCCUGUGUUUCUGCCUCUCUCUCUGUGUCUCUCAUGAAUAAAUAAAUAAAAUCUGAAAAAAAGAUAGCACAACUAUAUAAAGGAGUACCAUGUAGUCCUUAAAAAUAAGGGAUUCUUUUAUCCAAGUGGAAUUAAUCUAAUAGGUGGGAAGUGAGAGGCAGAGAGAGAAGCAGGCUCCAUGCAGGGAACCCAAUGUGGAACUCGAUCCUGGAACCCCAGGAUCACACCCUGGGCGCAAGGCAGGCACUCAACUGCUGAGCCACCCACGCAUCCCAUGGUGAUGAUUAGUUUUUAAUCAUGUUUUUAUUUAAAUUGUGAGAACUUUAUAUUUUUGGUAUAAGAUUCAUUAUCUGGUGGGUGCCACAGAUGCUAGAAUUUGGGGAAAGCUUAAGGUAGACCCUUGAUUCCCAGAAGCCUCACCUUGUGCUGCCAGGGCCCUAUGCUGGUCAUACAAGAGGCUCAGACAGAGCUCAGCCACUUACAGAGGAUUUGAAUUCUAACCAAGGAAACUUGUUUUAAUAAAAUAUUAAAAGCAUUAUUUAUACCAAAUACUCAACAUAAAAGCAAAUCAGUUUCAAUGUGGAAACUGUAACUAAUUAAAUACCACUUUCUUCCCAGAAAUCAUAUCUUGCCCAUGAACAAAGAUCAAAUGCAUACAUCUCUAAACAAUAAACAGUUUAUAAUUUUUAACUUGCAAAGAGCACAAGCUUUUGGUUUUGUGUUUCACUUUUCAAGUUAUUUCCCCUAAUUCAUUGCAGGGAUAAUUUCUCUCACCUCACAGAAAAAAAAAAAAAGGCAGUGUAGCUACAACAUCCUCAGAUUUAUUAACCUACUCCCUUCCGUGCUCAUCAGUCCUUCGAGAGCUGAAUAUCUCUGGCAACCUUUACAUUGACUUAUUGUAGUUCGAUGCAGUUCUCUUGAGCAUGGCUAACACUACUCUAGAGCAACAGACUUUAACUCACACUUUCCUACGGAAUUCUCUGAAAGCACCAGAUGGGAAGGGGCUCCUCUCUUACAUGCCAAAUAUUUUCUCCCUUGACUCUAUCAUUUCCUCUUCCCAGGGCCUCUCCUGAUAAUACCAAUCAUCUGACUUGAGAGGCACAGAUGCAGAUUCCAGACCAGGGACUUCCUCAGCCUGGGCCUUCUCUUGUGACCCUUAACCCCCCUCCUUGGACGCAAUUCCUAAAUUGCAUUCAGACUCAGACUGGUUCUGGUCUGAAUAACAACUGCAUGGGCACCCUUCUCCAGAAACUUAAAGAGACUGUCUCUGGCAUCUUUGUCCCCAGUGUAGGGGUAGAAGUGGUUGGAGAGUUAUAAACAU